AGCUUUUUUUCUUUCCAUGGGACUAACACAAUGGGCUGGGUAAUUGUUGCUACACUGUUCUUGUCAGUGUUAAAAGCUGCUCUUUGUUUCAAUAUUGAUCCCGUGGCUUGGAAGACCCUGAACAACCCUGCAGCAGGUUUUGGCUACCAGGUGGUGCAAAGACAAUCAGAAUUGGUCGUCAGUGCCCCACUUGAACAGUAUUCACCAAAUGACAGGGGGGAAAUAUUUACCUGCAACAUCAACAACGAAUCCUGUGCUAGAGUGUCACCUUCAGUGCCGAAUUAUGCAGUGAACAUGUCUCUUGGUUUGACAUUGAAAGCUAAUCCCACCACACAGGAAACACUGGCAUGUGGUCCGACCAUUCCUAUGAACUGUACAAGUAUCACCAUGUACAAUGGUCUGUGCUUUCCCAUUACAACUUCCAAUCGUGUUCAACCAUCCAUACCUUCCUCUAUUGAAGAGUGCCGGUGGACAGAAGUUGCUUUUCUGCUGGAUGGUUCAGGCAGCGUGUCUCCAGACGAUUUUCAAACCAUGAAGAAUUUUGUUAAAAAUCUGGUCCGGUCAUCUCUGCAGGGAAACACACGAUUUUCUAUUUCCCAGUUCUCUUGGGACCCCAGAGUCCAUUAUUACUUUGAUAAUUUUUUCUCAUCUACACCAUGGGAGACUAACAUUGACCAUAUAAUCCAAUUAGGGGGAGGAACCUACACAGCAAAGGCCAUCAAACAUGUUGUUAACAACGUUUUCACAUCACAAAGAGGUUCCAAACGAAAUAUGAAGAAGGUCUUGAUCGUCAUUACUGAUGGAGAAUCUCAUGACCGGAAUGAAUUACCACAGGCUGCAACAUUAGCUGCUGGGAAACACAUUGUUCGAUUUGCUAUUGGAGUGGGGAGUGCAUUUGAAACGUCUGCAGCAAAAAGAGAACUGGACACCAUUGCAUCUGCUCCUUCAAAUAAUUAUGUGUUUCAAGUGGACGGCUUCGGAGCACUUGAAAAAAUAAGACAGAAUUUGCAGAACAAAAUCUUCUCCAUUGAAGGAUCUCAAAGCAGCGGCGAGUCUCUGAAAAUGGAAAUGUCUCAAGAGGGAUUCAGCGCAGCCUAUGUGCCUGGGGGAAUUCAGUUGGCAGUUGUUGGUGCAAACCAGUGGAGGGGAGGAUACGUAAAAUACUCAAGUACUACAUCCUCAGGACCUCUCAAGACCGGUUCCUUUGAGCCUGCUUUUCUACAGCCUGACAGUUACCUUGGUUAUUCUAUGGCAGUUGCUAAAACUACAAGUGGCACAGUGACAAUUAUUGGUGCUCCACGAUAUCAGCACAGAGGAAUUGUGAUGGUUGUUGAUGAAAGCAUGACACAUUAUAAAAUGAUUGAUCCAUAUCCACAGCAGCAAUCUGGUGAAUACUUUGGGGCAGAGGUUUGUGUCAUGAGAAUGAGCAGCCAGUAUACUGACCUCAUCCUCAUAUCCGCCCCAAUGCAUAUGGAAUCCGAGAGAGAGGGAAGAGUUUAUGUGUGCCAGUUGAAGUAUUUGACAGUUGAGUGUCGCUUUGACUCUCCAUUAGUAUUAAGAGGGGCUGAAUCCAGCAAAGGAAGGUUUGGGUCUUCUCUUGCUGUGCUGCCUGAUUUAAAUACAGACGGGAUCAGCGAUUUAGCAGUUGGAGCACCUUUGGAGAAUGAUGGCCAAGGCAGCAUCUACAUAUUCCACGGCGAAAGAAGACCAAGUAUCAAUCCCAUUUACUCACAGAGAAUAACUGGCUCUGAAGUCAAGUUAGGACUGAAGUAUUUCGGCGUGUCGAUCAGUCAGGAGUCUUUAGAUCAGAGUGGAGAUAAACUGCCAGACUUAGCAGUGGGAUCAAAGGGCACAGUUGUCUUACUCAGAUCAAGACCUAUCAUCAUGGUUGAAGCUACUGUGUCAUUCGAGCCAAAGAUAAUCCCUACUCAAAAUGUAGACUGCUCAGUAGCACUGCAGAACACAGCUACAAUCUGCUUUACCAUGACCAGUCUCACUUCAGCAUCUACAGGUUCCUCAGCUCAAGCAACAAUCAAACAUACUUUCACACUGGAUGCCACUCGCAAGGCCCCAAAGAAUCGAGCUUAUAUCACUGAUAAACAACGAGAGUCGACCAAGACCAUUACUGUUUCCUUAAAUAGGAAAGAAUGCAGCACCUUGAAAUUCUUCAUUCAGGCAUGUGCAGAAGAUGUUGUCAGUCCACUUAGGAAUGAGUUAAGAUUCAGCUUUGAAGGUUUAUCAUCUUCUUCAGGGCUCAAACCAAGUCUUGCACAGCAGGCCCAAACUACAGCCAUUCAUUCAGUAAUCUUGUCCCCCCUCAUAUUUAGAUCCUUAUUGGUUAAAGUGGGCAUUGAUGAGCUUCUGGAUGUCACCGUAUCAGUGGAGAACAGAGGAGAAAACUCCUACAGCAGCCGCGUUACUCUCACAUACCCAGCUGGGCUCUCUUACAGGAAGUUCACAGGUCUUCAGGGAAGAAUUGAGUGUAACUCCUUGGACAGUGAAGAUGUUUUAAUGCGGGGAAAGACAGAUUGCACGAUUGACAAGCCCAUUUUCAAGGGCAACUCUAAGGCUCUCUUCAUCGUCUCCUAUGGGAUUGGAAUCACCAGUGAACUUGACAGGAAGCUCUUUAUCACGGCAAAUGCCACCAGUGGGAAUGAGGUGCGCUCCAGUUCAAGCGAUCUCUACAAAAUGAAAGAGAUUGAUGUAAAGUACAGCAUCUUUGUUACAAUUGAAAGCUCCUUCAGCUACAACAAUUUCUCUUUUGGAAAGAGUAAUUUGGAGAAACAAGUCAAGCAGUCAAUCAAGGUCACAAAUGUAAACAGGGUGCUGAAUUUCACAGUGGUGAUCAGGGUUCCAGUAAAGCUCGGCGACAAAGACAUCUGGGUGGAUUUGAAGAGUCUGCAGAUCGCAAACUGUCAAAGAGGUCAAGACGAACAGCCUGCUGUCCGAGACUUUGUUGCUCAGAUACAGAAAACAAAGUCAGUGGACUGCUCUGUAGCCUGGUGUACAGUGUUCAGGUGCAAUAAGUUCAUGGGAAGAGGGGAGAGUGCGACCUACAAUAUCUCUGCCAACGUUAGCUCACAGUGGAUCGAGCAGAUUGGACUUCAAUCUGCUAAAUUCCUCUUGACCAGCACGGCGAGCCUGGAGUACGACACAAACCAGUACAUCUUCUUUUCAGCAAGAUCUAACAACAACCCCCCUGUUCAGAAGAUUGAGGCAGAAAUAGAAGUGUAUCCUGAACCAGAUUUCACCAAAGAGAUUGUCGGAGGAUCGCUGGGAGGGUUGGCUUUCCUAGCUUUACUCACAGUCGGCCUGUAUAAGGCUGGAUUUUUUAAGAGUAAAUACAAUCAGAUGAUAAGUGAAAGUGCAGAAGGAGAGGAGGAUCCUGGGGCCAAUGAAGAUGCAGCCUGAGCAAAAUAGAAUAAUGUCAAAUAUCUGUGUGAGCAAUUAUUUUAGACGCAAGCUUUUUGUGGAGAGACGCUGAAGGCCACCUAUAGCAAUUUGUAACGUUAAAUGUGUUUGAGUAUUUUUUAGAAUGUUAUCAGUAUGUUUCCUUGCUGUCAGACAGUCCUCUAU